UACGAUGAAUACGUACACAGCGCAGAAAGGCAAUCACCUGUUCUUCAAAUCUGGGAGAAAAGGCAGUUGAGGGAUUGUUGUGUUAUUAUAACGUCUAGAGACAUGAAAGGAGAGGGAUUGAAAAGAUCCAGCGAAGCUCAAUUUGAGAUCGACGGUUUCGACCGUAAGCGACAAGAAGUGUUCGCCCGUAGAUUCUUGAAAGAUGAUCAAGAUGUUGAAGAGUUUUUCGAGUACUUGAAACAACAAAGUCUGAAGGAUAUAGCAAAAAUACCUAUUUUGCUUUUAAUGUUGUUGUUGGUUUGGAAGGAAAAGGAUCGUGAAGGACUACCUUCAUCACGGGUGAUGAUUUAUGACCAGUUCAUACAGACUAUGUUUAAUCAUGUGUCAGAAAAACAAGAAAAGGCGGCGGAAAAAGUUGACGACCACAAACAAGAACUCUGUAAAGUAGGAGAACUAGCCUUUGACGCACUUCUACAAGAUUUACUUUACUUUCCUGUCAGUAAACUGCCGGAUCACGUUUUGACUGAGAAACUGAUCGAGGCCGGGUUGUUUCAGCUGCUAAACAUGUCCGCUCUUAACCCGUGCAAAGCCGUGCACUUCAUUCACAAAUCCAUGCAGGAGUUUUUGGCUUCUUUAUUUCUAAAAGAAGAACUGUUAUCUCAAGAAAGUAAAAACAAUUCCCUUUUCAAAGUCGACUCAAUUGAAAAGAUCUUCAAGUUGAAUGAAGUUUUUAAAUUUGUUGCUGAAAUAUCAGAAGAAGCCGCGCGCGAGAUCUUGAUUCAUCUGUUGGAAAUAGCGGCGAAGGAAGCCGGAGAGUACAGCUUCGACAACCAAGCACCGUCAGUCGAAGAUUUGUCAGAAACACAAAAAAAUCUUUUAACUCUAUGUACACAGUUUUUCUUCUACUGCUCAGCAGACACGAGAACAGAACUUUUCCCCACUUUUCUUUCUAAUCUAGGAGGU